CGCUCCAGUUAAUUAAUUAAUUAUUUAUUUAUUUAUUUAUUUAUUUAAUUUAUGUGACCACGCUCUUCUCCUCCCCCACCAAUGCCAAAACCAACACCAACACCAACACCAACACCAAUUCCAAUUCCACCACCGCCGCUACAAAAACAACUCAACAGCGAUUCGGCCGAGUGCGAAAGAGAGAGAGAGAGAGAGAGAGAGAGAGAGAGAGAGAGAGAGAGAGAGAGGAGCGAGGGAGGGUUGAGCUUGAGAACUGGUUGUUGUUGGCGUCGUUGAAGCUUCUUCGAAUUACACCUGCGAUCUCUUCCUUGAUCCGUAUACUAUGAUGCUGCUGCUUCGCCUCAUCUUCGCCAGGAGAGCGGCGGAGGCCACGGGCAGAUCAACCGGUGGCCGCUGGGACGGACGGCUCGGCUUCUCGUCCGCUGCGCAUCCCAGAAGAAGGUUGGAAGGAAAAAUUGCUCUAAUUACUGGAGGCGCAAGCGGGCUGGGAAAGGCCACGGCCCAGGAAUUCAUCCGAGAGGGUGCAACGGUCGUCCUCGCGGACAAAAACUCGCAAGUCGGCCGAAAAUCGGCCGAAGAGCUCGGCCCGCAGGCCCACUUCGUCCAAUGCGACGUGACGGUGGAGCAACAGGUGGCCGAGGCCGUGGACUUGGCCGUCUCCCGGCACGGCCGGCUCGACGUCAUGUACAACAACGCGGGCAUCGCGGGCCCGGCAUCGGCCCACGGCAUCUCGCUUCUCGACCUAGCCCACUUCGACCAAGUCAUGAACGUAAACGUCCGGGGGACGCUCGCCGGAGUGAAACAUGCGGCCCGCGUAAUGGGCCCGGUGGGGUCGGGCUCUAUCCUGUGCACCGCGAGCGUAAGCGGGCUCAUGGGCGGGCUCGGGCCGCACCCGUACACCAUUUCCAAAUUCACCGUCACCGGCAUCGUGAAGUCGGCCGCCGGCGAGUUGCGCCAGCGCGGGAUUCGGGUGAACUGCAUCUCGCCGUUCGUGAUCCCGACGCCGCUGGUGAUCGACCAAUUCUCGCAGAUAUACCAGGGAGUCGGAUCGGAGAAGAUCGCGGAGAUCGUUAACGGGCUGGGAGAGAUGAGGGGGACAAAAUGCGAGGCGAUCGACGUCGCUAGGGCGGCGGUUUAUCUGGCGUCGGACGACGCAAAGUUCGUCACCGGACACAAUCUGGUGGUUGACGGGGGUUUCACAUCCUACAAGCAGUUGAAUUUGCCAGUGCCAGGCCCUCCCCCCAUGCGUUAGAUAAUUAAUAUCAUGGCUUUAACUACUCGAUCGGGGGAUUAGCGAAUUGUCGUAGUUUAAUUGCUGUUGCUGCUGUACACUAAUAAAGAUGCAUAGCUUAAUUCUCACCGUGCUUUUGAUGUGCUAAUGGAGGUCAAAAGGUACUGUGACACCAGCGGGCUGACUUCGAAAGUGAAUUAAUGAACCGUUGAAAUAUUGUCGUUCCAA